AUGAGUUAUUCCGCGGGUUAUAUGGAUUGCGGGAUGGGCUUCAUCCCAUCGGUACGAUGCUGUAUGCCCAAUUUCAGUGUACAAUGUCAACAGGUCCAGGCAUGUUUUACUAUCGGGAAUGAAAUUGAUCUUCAGACGCUGCUCCCACAAAGAUGCACAAAUGCGUCGGCUAUUACGAAACCCGACCUUCUGACUGCGGCGCGGGGUGUUACACUUGCGGCUUGGCGAAUCCAUACUGCUCUACAACGGUAG